UGUGUUGAUGAUGAUUUUGCAGAAAUAGAAAGAGAUAUGGAGUUUCAGAAUGAUCGACGUCAUUGGAAUGUUGAAAUGAUGUACAUGAAGAAGGUGAUGACUGAUGAACAAAUAGAAACACUUCGUAAACAAAUCGCUGCUUAUGGAACUAUUUGUGAACAACUCGUUCAAAUGCAUCAUAAAACUAUCUCUUCUCACCAAAAUCUUACUGGGGCUAGGCUGAGAGGUAUGUGUUUUGACCCGAUGAUCACCAAAAUAGGUUCGAGGCAGCGUUGGACACCAACCCCUCUGCAGCUUCAAACUCUGGAGCGAGUAUUUAAAGCUGAAACGGGGACUCCAAGCAAGGAAAUGAUAAAGGAGUUAACCGCUAAUUUAACUAAGCACGGGGAGAUUUCUGAGACCAAUGUAUAUAAUUGGUUUCAGAAUAGGCGUGCUAGGUCAAAGAGAAAGCAGCAGAGUUCGACGCCUACUAGUGUUAGUACGGAACCAGAGGUGCCAGCCGAGGUUGAUUCCAAAGACAAGAAGACUAAACCGGAUGAUUUAGUUGCGUUUCAGCCUGCUGAAAAUUUGUUCAACAAUGUGUGCUGUGGCUCCCAGUACUUAAAUCCAGAAUCAGAUGACAGUUUGCGAUCCUCAAAAAAUUUUGAUCAUGUGGCUGCUAUCGAUGAGAUGCUAUCAAACUCAAGGAGCAGCGAUUAUCUUGUUGAAAAUUUGGAAGCACCCGAGAACAAGAACAUAGAAGGUUAACAUUCGCUGUUACUUCUGAUGACUAUGAUUAGCUGUAAAGAACUCGUAGUGUGUUUAACAUUCGCUGUUACUUCUGAUGACUAUGAUUAGCAAUCUUAAUGGUAAACACAGUUCAAAGUUCAAACAGGUGCUUAUACGUUUAGUAAAUGAUCAAUGGUAUAUUAGAUGCCAAAACUUAUUAACCACCAUAUAUUUAAGCUGAGUUAACUGGUUAAAAAGUUUUUUUUGACAGUUUAACCAGUUAAAAAGUUGUCGCAAAAGUUGUUUCAAAUUAGUUGUUCGUAAAUCGUUUCUCUUUUGUUUAUAUUGGCAUUGUCUUAUAGGCUAUAGCUGUAUGCUUUUAUCUUUUGAGGUCUUACAGUCAAAAUAAUUUAGAAGUUUAAAUUGAUUGUCACUACUCACUAGUAUAACAUAAUAAGUUCCUCUGAAUUGCAAACUAAUUCUACAUAAUGUUGAACUCACUCACAAAAUAUUUCACCAUUGUGUUUUCAAAAUCUUUAUCUGCGGCAAUGGCCUUAACAUGAGUAUCAUCAUCCUCAAAUGUUAGAAGAGACACAUCCAAUGCUUCAAAAUCUUUCACGGCCGCAAUGCUUGUGAGAGCGAUAAGAUAAGCGACCGUUGAAGUAGUUAUUGAAGUAAAGCAUAUACAAUCAACAUCCUUCAAUAUAGUUUCAAGAUAUGCCCCCUUCUCUCCUUCAUUUUCGCCAAUGUCAUGGAUGAUAUUUCCUCAGUUCACCAUUGUA